CUCCUCCCACCUCCCACCAGAACGCAACCUUCUCUAUUUCCGCACGCUCCUUUGCAGCCAUAAACGCAGCAAUGGCGGAUGCUACCUCUGGUGGUGUCACGGCAGAUCUGCUGAAGAGCAAACUGACUGCCCAGUUGGAGGCACAGCAUGUUGAGAUUGAAGAUUUGUCAGGAGGCUGCGGCCAGGCGUUCCAGGCAAUUAUUGUUUCCCCACAGUUCGAGAAGAAGACUAUGCUUGCUCGUCACCGGUUGGUGAAUUCAGCUCUGAAGGCGGAGAUUGCGGCUAUUCACGCUUGGACUCCGAAGUGCUAUACUCCCGAGCAGUGGCAGGCGCUGCAGCAAGGUUCUUCCUAAGGAGAUUUGUUUAUUACGAUGGAUGCGCCCGGCAUCGGUUACAGCUGGGCAUUGAUAUAUCCCGGGUAUUGAUUGGCAUGCGGGUUAAAAGCAUGCAGGCAGGCGUUGGAAGGUUGAUUCAUGUACAUUUGUUGUAUAAUCUGGCAACGAUAUAUAUAUCAUUGUGCGAGGAUUGUAAAAGAUAAGAAAGAUUAGCAUUUUAUACCCAUAGAUAAUGGACACUGGAU